UACUGAUUACUGAUUACACACACCAUUGUAUAUUAUACAUAGUUUCUUUAUUUAAUAAAUAUAUAUUUUGUUACUUCUUAUCUCCACGUGUCUCCCUUUUGUUACGGGCUUUGAGCCGGUUCGUGACAAGUGGGGGCUCAUCCGGGAUAAUUGAACGUACUGGUUUGGGAGAUCGUGGAGGUACGUGUUUGGUUUACAUAUUUGGUCUGAGUUUGAUAGGCCUAGUAUUGGUUGCCUUUGUUGUUUGGUUUGUGUGCUGCGUUGGAGAGAGAGUAUAAUGGUUAGUUUCCAGGCCCUGCCCAGCCUGGAAACUCUUGUUCUACUUUCUGUUGGGACAUCGGUCUGAGGAGGUGAGUAAUCGGCUGUGUACCUCAGUGGGAGAUUUGGUAGGGUAGUGGAAUUUACUACCCGGAGCUAUAGCCUUUUACCCCUGAUAGGCUUAGUGACGUGUUUCAUUUUUGGAAUAUGUUGGGCAUGGUUAAUGUUUGUUAUUUUUGUGUGGUGUCUGUGGACUGAGCAGUUGUCUCGGGGGCACAUCCGUGGCUUGGUGGAAUCUGCCAGCGUGCUGGGGGGUUUAUUACCUUGCCAGCGGGCUACAGUGCGUAAAUACCCACCGCAAAUCCGCACGAAGACUAGGGUUGAGUUAUUGUAGGUUUGGGGAAGCUCCGUAUCUCAUCUCUCUUCUGUGGUGCUCAGGGUGAUUGUCAUUUCUCUGGUUGUGGUCUGGUGUGCUCAGCAGAGGGGAAGAGUGAUAAUAUUUUUUUUGACUAUGGCGUCUUAUGUAGAUGAGUUCAUUCGCUUUCCAUCAGAGGAAUUGUUAGAAUUAGGUACUAAAGAACAGCUGUUGAAAAUCGCUGAACACUACAAGGUUGAAAUUAGUGAUAAACGUCUAAAGAAUUCUAUUAGGUUGAUAUUGAAGGCCAAUCUGAUGGAGAGUGGUAUUCUUGAAGUUAUCACUGGGCCAGUCUCUGCUGAGGGGUCAUCUCCCCGUAACGUUGCAAUGGCCAUUCCAUCGGUUAGGCCUAGUAGUCUUCUUUUUGAACAGCAGAAAGAACUGCUUCUGUUACAGCUGCAGCAUGAUCGUGAGAAGCUAGAGCAUGAUCGUGUAAAGUAUGAAAAGGAAUUAGAUAUGGAGCAUGAUCGUGAGAAGCUAGAGCAUGAUCGUGUAAAGUAUGAAAAAGAAUUAGAUAUGCAGCAUGAUCGUGAGAAGCUAGAGUAUGAUCGUGUAAAGUAUGAAAAGGAAUUAGCAUUUAAACAAGAUAUGGAGUAUGCUAAAAUCAAGUUGCAACAAGAACGGAUAGAGUUGGUUAGGGAAGGAAAGAUCUCAGGGGAGAGUUUGUUCUGGGAAGGUGAUCCAGAUUUACCUAGGGGUCGUUCCUCUUUUGGUCGUGCCCCGGACAUAUUUGAUAUUGUUGGGAACUUACGGUUAUUGCCUCAGUUUAAUGAAAAGGACCCUGAGACAUUCUUUUUGUUGUUUGAGCGUGUUGCUGACGCUAGGAGUUGGCCUGAUUCUGACCGCACCUUAAUGUUGCAGUGUGUGCUGACUGGUAAAGCGCAGGAAGCAUAUUCAGCUCUUAGUGUACACGACAGUACCUGUUAUGAUAAGGUUAAAAUGGCUGUGUUGCAGAUUUAUGAAUUGGUCCCUGAGGCUUACCGCCAACGAUUUAGAACUUUAAAAAGGGAUGAUCAACAGACUCAUGUGGAGUUUGCGCGACAAUUAUCUGUACAGUUUAAUCGCUGGUGUUCUGCCUCUGCAGUUGUGACUUUCCAAGGGCUGUGUGAUCUGAUUAUGUUAGAGCAAUUUAAGGACACAAUCCCUGAUCGUAUUGCCACGUAUAUUAACGAACGAAAAGUAAAGAAUGUCGUUGAAGCAGCGGUUUUGGCGGAUGAGUAUAUGUUAACUCACAAAAGAGUCUUUGCAGAGCCCCGUAUUCGGAAUGAGUGGGGGCGUUCGGAUAGAUUUGGGCUUCGCUCACCGAGAUACUUUGGUUCACGGGCAGAGUUCAAUUCAACUAGGGUUGAGCCUGAAUCCCGUGGAAGAGCUGACUUUGGGCAAGAGUGUCAUUACUGUCAUGAUUCAGGUCAUUGGAAAAACGAAUGUCCGGUUCUCAGGGAAAAGGACAAAUUCAGUACGCGUGAUUACGUUAAAUCUAAGCCUACGGCGUUAGCUGCGCCUGUUUCACAUCAGUUCACUCAUGACACAUGGUCUCAGGGGCAGGUGAAAGUCCAUAUUCACUCAGGCUAUUUACCUUUCAUUACGGAAGGUUUUGUGUCUAUAUUAGGGAGUAAGGAAUUGGUGCCAGUGAAGAUCUUGAGAGACACAGGUGCCUCCGAAUCGUUUGUGUUGGAGUCUGUGUUACCCUUUUCAGCUGAGACUGAUUCGGGGAAGAGUGUUCUAAUUAGGGGGAUAGGUUUGAACACUCUUUCAGUUCCAUUACAUAAAAUGAUGUUGGAUUGUGGGCUGGUAAAAGGUGAGGUUGUUGUGGGGGUGCGUCCUUCGUUGCCUAUUGAGGGUGUUGACGUUGUUCUUGGGAAUAACUUGGCUGGUGAUCGUGUAUGGCCUGUCGUGUUUCCAUCUCGAGUUGUUCCCAUAAAGCCGUCAGUUGUUGAGAUUCCAGAUGAGAGUGUACAGAGCUCCCCAGGGAUGUUCCGUGCGUGUGCAGUGAUGAGUUCUAUGAGUCGUGGCGAACUGGUCACUGUGCCGACUGAUGAGAAUACCACAAAGAAGUAUGCCACGGCUUUCCCUGUUAUUCCGUUGUCUGUUACCCACUCAGAUCUAGUCAGUGCGCAGCGGACUGACCCCACAUUGGAAGAGUUGCGUGACCAAAUUGUGCCUGUGGAACAGUUGGGAGAUGUCACCCAUUGCUAUUUUCUCAAAGAGGAUGUCCUGAUGAGAAAGUGGGUGUCUCAUGGUAGUCGUUUUCUGGGGGAGGCGAUUAGUCAGGUUGUGGUACCAGUAAAGCUUCGUGAGUUGGUUUUGACAACUUCUCACAAUGGUGUUGCUGGACAUAUGGGUGUGAGGAAAACAUACCAUCGCAUAUUACGACAUUUCUUUUGGCCUAGAUUAAAGAGGGAUGUCUCUGAUUUCAUCAAAACUUGUCACACCUGUCAAUUAACUGGUAAACCUAAUCAAGCUAUUAAGACGGUACCACGGUUUCCUACUCCUGUACUCAGCCAACCUUUUGAGUAUUCGAUCAUUGACUGUGUGGGUCCUUGGCCUCGUACAAAAAAAAAAAAAAAAGGUUGUAGCUGAUGUGGUCUCGUGCGCCCUCUUCCUGAAUGUUUGUAUGGUCAGGUUCUGUCUUUCCUGUCUAUUCCGUCCUGGUCUGGGGAGCCUUCUUUCCUCUUAAAAGUUGCUUCCUAUGCACUAAUGUUGCUGAGGUCUGGGGUGUCUUCUUUUCUCUUAAAUGUUGCUUCCUAUGUAUUAAGGUUGCUGAGGUCUGGGGAGCCUUCUUUCCUCUUAAAGGUUGCUUCCCGUGCACAAAGGUUGCUGAGGUCUGGAGAGGAGAUUGGCUGGGGCAAAUUUGGAAGAGGGAACACGUACCCCUCAUAAAUUUGGGACGCAAGUGCUGUGUCAGUUUGGGACGCAGAGGGCGGUAUGUUGUUCCGGGGUCCUUGUUGGUCCCCGGUUUUAUGGGGGGGAAUGUGACGACCCUCCCAUUCUGUCUACCGUUUUCUCUCUCUCCUUGCUCUUGUUUCCCUAUUAGGAUGCCGGUGGGUGGAGUUGGGAGGGUCGUCAGCUACAUGGGGAACACCUGGGCCCACUCUCCCAGGAUAAAAUCACCACUUCCCCAUUCAUCAAGGAGACUCUCUCCAUACAGACACUUGGAUAGAUUUUGUUGCGUUUGGUUGUGCUUUUUGGUUGUUUGUUUUAGCAUUUAUCAACACCUUGCAUUAUCACAUUCAUCCAUGCAAA